AGUGCCAGUCGCAGCCUGAAGAACAAAAACAACCCGUUCUUGUCCUGGAUGAUACCCCGCAAAUUCGUUCCCAGUGUCAAUACUACCAUCUCAACGGCAUCCACGCAUAAUAGUGACCCCAGCAUCAGUGCUUCGCAGAUUUCCAGUACCCAGUUGGACGGCGACGGCGGGGGUAGCAGAAUUGAUCACUGGCAUACCAAUUCUCAGGCUCAUCUUGAGGCGCAAGAGGUACGCAGAUCCGCUGCAUAUGCUGCUUGACAGUAUCCUACAGAACUCACAGGCUGGUGUGGCAGUUGUUAGUACCCAUGAUCUCUAUGAGCUCAGGACUCGACGUGGAUUGACGGAGCAUGUCCGAGUUACGGACGGCUCUGUGGUAGACUCGCAAAACCACUGGCGUGAUCCAGCAUCUGCAAGUAUUGACAUUUUGUCUGCAAGUGCUCGAGUCAGAGUCGGUGUCCUCAAAUUGACACCACAUUGUGAUGAUAUUUCACAGAGGCUUGAACGCUGCGAGGAAUCUGUGCGGCUCUCAGAGACGGAUGCAGACAUGAUGGACGCAGGACAACGGUCGAAUGCAGAACAAUUCACAUCUUCAGAAUCAUGUCCACCAAUGCGGCCCGCAGUCAGUGAAUAUGUUGCUUUAGGUAGACCCAUGGACCCGGCAUCGCAAAAAUCGAUGCAGCCUCCUGCACCUGGACUUCCAGUCUCAGCUAGCCAUGAGGCAUCAUCGGGAACAACUGGUCAGAAUUUCCUAUGUCAUUGGGGAGGACGCGGCAUCUACUCAGAUGACGGGAUUGGAGGUGUCAUCGGAAGGCACCUUCGAGACUUGCACACCGCGGACAGUAUCGGUAAUGAUCUCGACAAAUUUGGCCAGCCUCAAAGUCAAAUGCAUUGCCCAGGCUGUGGGAAGGUGUUUGGACGAUCCGACAUGUUGGAAAGACAUAUAUCUAAGUGUCCCGCAAGGGUACGUGCGAUCGCUGGGGCAGAUUACGAUUCACUGACAUAAUCCCUGACUCCGACCGCAGGGAGGGAGGGCUUUGUCGUGUCAAGUCAUGUCGAGUGCUGUGCAAGGGACCUUACCCGUGGGAAUGUCUCCCAUAACGGGCACAUUUCUGAUGAUAUAAGGUAAGAGCUAGCUUCAGGAUCCGUCCGUGACUAGCCGUGACUACGUCUCGCCAACAGGUCGCACCCACCCCUGACAGUAGGUCACUGGAGGUCCUGAACUAGGGCCUUCGUAGUUCAAGGGGUCACAGGACACACCCCGUAAUUAACUAAUGGUCGAAACGCUACUACCAGUAGUGUACAGUGUGUCAGAAUGGAAUUCGGAGACAGACUGCACCAGACUUGGGACUGGGAUGUUGCUCGGAAUCGGAUGCCGGCGCCGUUUACGAUAUAUAGUAGCUUUGUC